AUGGACCCACAAAAUACUUCUCUUUACAACAAAAAUAUAUGUGUAUGGGCUAAAAAGCACUUCCGACUUGAAGAAAUUGUUCCUGGUGAUUAUCGCGUUAUUGUAAAAGCCACUAAUAACCCAGUUCUUAUUACUGAAAAUAUGUACGAAAUACUUUGCCAAGUUCAUAGCCAAAUAACACAACACGAAGGGCACAAGCAGACAUGGAAAACAAUAAGAGAAAGACAUGCCAACGGGAUAUUAGAACAGAAGUUGGGCAAGUGGAAAGAGGAAACUGGUCAUAGCGAUUGGUCGUUCAGCUUACGAUUUGUUAUUACGGCUAUGAAUACUUCAUGGUACCGAUCACAUAAGAAAACCUCUUAUGAACUUGUCUAUAGUGAUAAGCCGUGUAGUAAUUGCACGUUAGUUAAUGAUCUAUUUGAAAGGAACAUUCUUAAUGAAGAAGAAAUUCCUGAUUCUAUUGAUAUUCAAAGUAUUUCUGUUAUAAACUUUGAUAAUGAUAUAAGUGAAUCUCUAUUUCAAGAAUUGAAUGACGCAAGUGGUAUAAACCUUCCAAAUGAAAUUUAUAACCAUCUAUUGGAAAAAAUUUCAAGCAUGGAAAGCUCUCAACAAGACAAUUCAGAUAUUAAACAAUUUGCACAGUAUUUUAAUGAUCAAGUAGAACGUAUGACGAAAAUUCUUUAUCAGGAUCAACGUGAAGGGAACGAACUAAAGUUAAAGGCUGAACACUUCAUUGAAUUAAUUGAAA